GUUGGCUUAGCGUUUUGGAUUAACCGAAACGUCCUUCCUCCCCAUUCACAGCAAAGUUGACAACAACAACGACGAAGAAGAACCGUUUAAGGAGGUGGUGAACUAUGGAGGUGCCAACUGCGGUCAAUCAAAAGCGAUAAAAAACCGAAACAAAGGACACCAUGCGGACAGUUUGGCUUUAAGCGCUUAUCGGGAAAGGUGACAUCUGGUGGGCAUUUUUUGUUUUUGUUCUUCUGUUGGGAGUGAAAAGCAAACAAGUUUUCUGUUUGUGCAAGAAUAUUCUACAAAUAUCAAUCAUCCAAAAUGGUCUUCCGCUUCGUCAGCGUGUUGCUCCUGGCAACGGUGGCAUCCGCCCAGCUGUCCUUCCGAAACGAUCCAUCGCAGAACAGCUUCCAGAUUCAGACGCCCGGCUUCCAGCAGUCCUUCACCCGUUACUUCAACGGGCAACAGGGCAGCCUCUUUGCCGCCCAACAGCAACAGCAGCAGCAGCCAAGUCAGCCACAGUAUGCCCCAUUGCCACAAACCUACCAUGGAAACGCAGCCCUUCAACAGCAACAGCAGGCCGCCUACUACCAUGGACAACAACAGCAGCAACAGCAACCCUACAGUAGAUUCACGUCGCAGUUUGGAGCGGCUCAGACCGGUGCCGAGCCUCAGUACACCACCGUUCAGGACAACUACAUCAACCCGAACAUUCGGCUAGCGAUUCAGCAGCAGCGAUUGCUCCAGCAACAACAGCAACAGCAGCAGCAGCAGCCACAACAGCAAUAUCAACCGCAACAACAGCAACAGCAGCAGUAUUACUCUCAGGAAGAUAUUACGGCCUAUCUGCAGAGUCAGCAGGCGGCCCAAGCCCAGUACUACGCCCAGCAACCGCAACCGCAAGCAAAUCCUCAGUCCCAGUACGAAUACAUCCAGCAGCAACAGCAAGCUCUACAGCAGCAGCAGCAACAACAGCAGCAGUAUGAUGCCAGCCAACAGCAGCAGCAACAACAGGACGCUUCCGCCGAUGCCCAGGCCACUCACAACAAGCUCAUCGGGGUGGCCUUCUCGCCCUCGAACGAAGUGUCCCAGGUCAAGUUCAACGGCAACGGCCUGAAGUACAACUUCUGAAGCAUACUGGCAGCCCUGGCCGUCAACUGUGUCUGUCUGCUGCUGUUCAACGUCUACCUGCGGCGGACGGCUGCCGAGCGGAAAGUGUGCGCCGUUUGAAUGCGACGUUUCCAGUGUGUUUUGUGCUUUUUAGGGAAAUAUUUAUUAGAGCUUCUUUUUCGGAGGAUGGUUCCCAUGGGAACCGCUCGGUUUGCCACAGUUUGUUCGAGUCAAAAAAUUGUUUUAAUCUUCGAAUCAAUCGGAGCACGGCUGCCGACCACGACGAGUCUGAGUUAAAAUAAAGUUUGUUAUUUUUUUGUUGGUACGAG